GUCAGAGCAGAUAUCUCUAUGAAGGUCCACAUCAACCUGGCCAUUGCCCUGAUCCUCCUCAACCUGCACUUCCUCCCCAGCCAGACGGUGGCAUCAUCGUCCUCCAUCGGGCUCUGCCUCUAUAUGGCCGUCUCUCUUCACUACUCCCUGCUGGCCACUUUCAGCUGGAUGGCCCUGGAGGGCUUACACCUCUACCUUCUCUUAGUCAGAGUCUUCAACAUUUAUAUCCGGAAAUACUUGCUCAAGCUCAGCUUGGUGGGAUGGGGUCUCCCUGCAGUCAUUGUGGCCCUGGUGGUCAUCAUCGACAGCAGCUCGUAUGGACGCGUCCCUCUGGUCUCUUCUAACCCCAACGGCACACAAAUGUAAGGGAGA